ACUCCAGCUCACCUGCUCUUCUUCCCUUCCACUUUUGUUCAUAUACACAAACACACAGAGCUCUGUGUUCUUAGAGAGAGAGAGAGAAACAGUUCCAAUUCAAAUCUUGGAGACUGAGAGAUUUUGCUGAAUUCUGACUUCGAUUCUGAACUCAGAAUCGACUUGGAGACUGAGUGUAUGGGUGUUGGAUUCGAUUCAAUGUUGGUCCAGCAAGAGCGCGACUCCAAACCCCAAAACCCCAAAUCAUCAUCCCUACCAACAACCCUCCGCUCAAAUCGAUUUUCCCCAUCCAAAUCCCUCGAUUUCUCCACAUGGUUCUCCGAAAAUCUAUACAAAAUUGUCACGAUUGGCGUCCUAAUCGCAACCGUCGCCGCUCUUUUCUUCCUCCGUAACGUGGGCGACUCCGCCGCUCUCCUUUGUUUCCAGUCACAAACGCAGCAACUGGAAACCAUCCAUUUCCCUCAAAUCAACUACAAUUCCAUUGUAUCCAUCGCUGAUAAGACUACCUCGUACUCAAAUUUCAGAUCAGAGCAGUGGAUUGUUGUCUCGGUAUCUGAUUAUCCGACCGAUUCGUUUAAAAAGCUGUUGAAGAUCAAAGGAUGGCAAGUUCUGGCGGUGGGGAACUCGCAGACUCCGAGCGAUUGGAGUCUUAAAGGUGCUAUCUUUUUGUCACUUGAAGAACAAGCUAAGUUAGGGUAUAGAAUUGUUGAUUUCUUGCCUUAUGAUUCAUAUGUUAGAAAAAAUGUUGGAUAUCUUUUUGCGAUCCAACAUGGUGCAAAGAAAAUAUUUGAUGCUGAUGAUAGAGGGGAAGUAAUUGAUGAUGAUCUUGGUAAGCAUUUUGAUGUGGAAUUAGUGGGUGAGAGUGCUAGGCAAGAAGUUAUACUGCAGUACACUCAUGAGAACCCGAAUAGAACUGUUGUGAAUCCUUAUAUUCAUUUCGGUCAAAGGUCCGUUUGGCCUAGGGGGUUGCCAUUAGAGAAUGUGGGUGAAAUUGAGCAUGAAGAGUAUUACACUGAAGUGUUUGGUGGGAAGCAGUUCAUCCAACAGGGUAUUUCUAAUGGCUUACCUGAUGUUGAUUCAGUUUUUUACUUUACAAGGAAACCCAAUCUAGAACCUUUUGAUAUCCGUUUUGAUGAGCAUGCCCCGAAGGUUGCAUUUCCUCAAGGAAUGAUGGUACCCAUGAAUUCUUUUAAUACAAUGCACCAUUAUUCGGCCUUUUGGGGUUUAAUGCUUCCUGUUUCUAUUAGUUCAAUGGCUUCUGAUGUGUUAAGAGGUUACUGGGCACAGAGGAUUUUGUGGGAAAUUGGUGGAUAUGUUGUCGUUUAUCCUCCUACUGUACAUAGAUAUGAUAGAAUUGAAGCAUACCCAUUUGCAGAAGAGAAAGAUCUUCAUGUGAAUGUGGGUCGUUUGACUAAGUUUUUGGUAUCUUGGAAAUCAGAUAAGCACAGAUUGUUCGAAAAGAUAUUGGAACUGAGUUAUGCCAUGGCUGAAGAAGGAUUUUGGACUGAGAAAGAUGUAAAGUUCACAGCUGCUUGGAUACAAGAUUUGAUUGCUGUAGGCUAUCUGCAGCCACGGCUAAUGACACUUGAACUCCAUAGGCCUAGAGCAGCCAUUGGUCAUGGAGAUCGAAAGGAUUUUGUACCUCAAAAGCUACCAUCUGUUCAUCUUGGGGUUGAGGAAACAGGAACAGUCAAUUAUGAGAUAGGGAAUUUAAUUAGGUGGAGAAAGAAUUUUGGGAAUAUUGUGCUUAUAAUGUUCUGUAAUGGACCCGUUGAACGCACAGCUCUUGAAUGGAGAUUGCUGUAUGGACGGAUAUUCAAGGCUGUUGUUAUCUUGUCAGAGAAGAAGAAUGCUGAGCUUGCUGUCGAAGAAGGCCACUUGGACCACCAAUACAAGCAUCUUCCAAAAUUGUUCAAUAGGUUUACAAGUGCAGAAGGAUUUUUGUUUCUACAGGACGAUACAGUUCUUAAUUACUGGAACUUGGUCCAAGCAGAUAAGACUAAGCUCUGGAUAACAGACAAGGUGUUAAAAUCUUGGAGCACUGUUUCAUUCAAUGGGGACAAAGAUUGGUAUGGAAAACAAGGAGAAAUGGUUAAGAAAGUGGUGAGCUCGAUGCCCGUUCAUUUCCAAGUCAGUUACAAGAAAUAUAUGACGAGCCAUGAGUCAAGCCUGACAAUUUGCGAUUCCGAGGUGUUCUAUGUUCCGCGGAGGCUUGUGAAUGACUUUAAAGACCUUGUAAAUCUUGUGGGAAAUCUCGACAUCCAUCAAAAGGUUGCUAUUCCCAUGUUCUUUCUUGCAAUGGACUCCAGUGAGAAUUUCGACUCUGUGUUUAGUACAAUGGUAUAUAAGCAAGAACCACCUUCAAAUACUAGUUUGAGUUAUUAUUCUCCUGAAGCACCUGCAGUUCAUCCAUGGAGGGUGUCAAGUGAGCAAGAAUUCAUAAAGCUUAUCAGAAUAAUGGCAGCAGGUGACCCUCUAUUAAUGGAGUUGGUUUGAAAGACUGUUAUACCUUUGGCUGCACUUUUUGUACCAUUUUUUCCAUAGAUGAACGUGAUUCUUGCUGUUGGAGGUUUUGUGUAAAAUUUAUAGGGUGGAAGGAGGUGGAAAAGAAAAGUAAAAAUCUCAUGUCCCUAGUACUGUUUCUUGUUUCAGUUUCUUCCUGAAUUUAGUACAGGUUGUUUAAGCCAGCGUAAUUUGUACAUUGGUAUUCAUACAAUUGAAGUAAAAAUCUACAACUUGUUUCCCACUA